AUGUCUUCCUUGGCAGCCGUCUUGUUCACGUUCUGCGUACUUACUGCAGCCACGCCUCUGGCUGGUCCACCUGGCUAUGGCGGCGGAAAGGCUCAGUCUUGGCCUGGCUGGCCUGGCAUCUCACAUAUGUUCGUUUUUAGUGACAGCUACACGACCACAGGCUUCGAAGUGAACGGGACACAACCAUCCGCAGCCAACCCAUUUGGCAACCCACCUUACCCUGGGUACACCUCGUCAAAUGGCCCGAACUGGAUCGACUUCUUGACGACGACCUACAACCAGAGCUUUGUAAAGACAAUCAAUCUGGCUUAUGGGGGUGCGACUAUUGAUGGUGCAUUGAUCCCAGCAUACCUACCUACGGUGUUGUCAGUCAAGCAACAAGUCAACGACGAGUAUAUCCCGACUUAUGCUGGCCAUCCAGAAUUCUUCGACUGGCGGUCCAAGGAUACCUUGUUUGCAAUCUUCAUCGGUAUCAACGAUAUUGGGAAUGCGUAUGGUUGGAGUAACAGUUUGGUUGUAUUCGACAAGGUCAUUGCCGAGUAUGCUGGACUUGUGGACAAGCUCUACCAAACGGGAGCGAAGAACUUCCUCUUCCUCAACGUCCCUCCAGUCGACAGAUCGCCUCUCACCAUUGCAGCUGGCAAGACGGCGCAGUCCACCGAGAAGAAGGCGAUAGCAUCCUGGAACCAGAGGGUCGCGCGCAUCGCUCAAAACCUGAGCAGCACGCAUCAAGAUGCUACUACCUUCGUCUUCGACACGAACGCAGUGUUCACCCAGGUCUUGGACAAGCCUGGAUCUUAUAAGGAGACCAGUGGUUACAAGAAUACUACGGGUUACUGCGAAGCUUAUGAGAAUGGUACUCCAACAUGGUAUACCAAGUACGUCAACUGCACAUACGCAGUCGACGAGUAUUUUUGGCUGAAUAGCCUGCAUCCGACGUUUCCAAUGCAUAAUGUGACUGCAAAGCAGAUAGCGAAGCAGCUCAGUAGCACGCAGCGUGGAUCGUGGUAG